UUCAGUUGUCGAUAUAUUAUUAUGUCAAGUGUCUCUAUGCUACACAAGGAUCAAGAAUGGUUCGCCUUUGAAACUAAGCUCCAUGAUUAUAUCACCUCCAGACUUGGGCCGGUACUCACCUUGAUAUAAAACAGACAGAUGAAUUCGCCAGAUACCAAGAAACGAAAAUAGCAGCACUUGAACGUAAAUAACGAAGAAAUAGAUGAAAAUAUGUAUCAGCUUGAAAAGAAACAGAGGUUUUUCACAGAUUUCAAGGAUAGUCUCUUCACUCUAAAGCAACAAGUCAGGAGUCAUUAUAUUGUCAGUCAAGAGGAAAGUGCUAAGGUUCGCAGUGAUAUUGAGAAUUUCAAACAGAAUAUCAAGGAGUUUUCAUCGACUACUAACGAUGUUGACAUUAUGACAAAAGUGAUUAAGAAUGAACUUGAAAAAGUCCAAGAAACUGUAAUGGAGCAUAAAACAUACUAUAACAAAGAAAUAGCAGUUGCUAAGACGUAUAUUACAGAUUAUGCAACAGACCUACAAUCUGAAUUUGAUAAACUUAAACUUAAAAAUUCUUAUGAUUCAACAAUUAUGGAAAAUAAGAAGAAAGAAAUAGACCGAAUGAUAGUAGAUAUUGAGGUAAUCAAACAAAAAAUGCAAGAAGAUGAAACUAAUUUAGUAGAUCUUAUAAACUUCAAAAACGUAUUUGAGAAAUCAUUUAAUGCCUCUGGUCCUGCAGCUAUAGAGAAAUUAGUCCAGUUAUCUGCUGAGAUACUCAAGAAGGAUACUUCCCAUGAUAUUAAGAUUUUAUCUAAUCAUAUUGAAGAGGUUGAGCAAGAGCUGAGGAAAACAGAUAAUUAUAUUGAAAAGCAGCUCCCUCUACAAUACACCACUGCUUUUGGGGAACUCCUCGAUUACACAAUCGCCUCUAGAAAUGUUAGAGAGAAAUUAAUGGAAUAUAUGGACUACAAAAUAACUGAGUAUAAUGAAAACAUAGAUAAGGAUACAGGAUGGCCUACCUCUAGCAAGGAAUUAACUAAAGAAAAAGUGACAGGAUUCAAGUACUCUGAGUUAACAUUUCCUGAACUCCUUAAGCAGUUAAAACUGAAAUCUAAGAGAUCGAAGAAGUCACCUAAGGUAUCUCCUAAGCUUAAAUCAAGGACUAAGUUCAUUCCAAGAAUAGGGUUGGAGAGGAUGGUUCGCAAAUCUCCACAAAGUAAUUGGGAUAGUCAAGAGGGAAGUGAAAAUAAUGAUGAUAAAUAUCCUUCUUCAAAAAAAAUAGCUAAUGUCGAGUUAAAAGAGGCAAAGAGUGAUAUGCAGCCUGAAGAUUUUGGGGAUGACUUCAACUACAUGCCUUCAAUAGAACCUCAGAUCAAAGAUGAAGAAAUGCAACUAGACAAGGUCCUCUCAAGCGUUUCUACUUCUUACCAACAAGUGACCAGUAAAGCUGAGCAGAAAGAAACCUCUCAAUAUAAGAAUGAAAGCGAAAAUUUAAACCAAAUUCAGCAACAAAUGGAAAGCAAAGAGGUGCAAUUCAAAGAGCAUCAAGAUUACAUUAAGGAAGAAUCUAAAAGUAGCAAUCGAGAAAUCGCUCUAGAUAACGAAAGUGUUCAGGAAAGCGAAAGUUCUAAUAAUAUUUCCAGAGUCAAGACCUUGCCUGCUCCAUUAAACAAGCUAGCCAAAAAGGUCACUUUUAACGAAGAUGACCAAAGAUCAGGAAGCAGUAAUAAAAAUUUCACAAUUUCCCAAUUAGUCAAAGAUUAUUCUCUUCAAAAUAACAAGAGGAAGUUAUUAAAAGAGAACACGAUCACUGAGCUUGAUCAGAACCAUCUGACACCAAAUUUAAAAAUAAAGAUUCACCGUCAAAGUUCUGACAAACCGGCAAGAAUAGAAGAGGAAGAGAAGAUUGAUGGAAAUAAAUCAGCUAAUUCUCGUAAUUCUUCUCCACAAUGACGGGAGAAGCAGAAUAUUAACCCCUUUGUUAAUGAAGAAAUCUCAUCUAGUAGCCAAGAUCCUUCUAAUAAAUCUGCCUCAAAUCAGAGUCCAUCAAGCAGCAUGAGGUCAAUGAAUCUGAAGCUCAUCCAGUGAGAAAGAGAUAGUGUCAAGGAGAAAGAGGAAACAAAAGUACCUCUGAUAAAAAUCUUCCCAAUGAAGCCCAAGAGACAGUCUAAGAAGCCAGUCAUUCAAGGGAUCAUACAAAAGGGAAAGUCACUCGGAUCUAUAGACGCUUUAAGCAAGGAGAUAGCUCUUAAAAAGGAAGAAGAGGUUCCUUCUCCAUCUCAGAAUACUCUCAGGUCGGAUCUAAAAACCUUAGAGCCUGAAUUUGAGGUAAUUAAGGAAUCCGCAGAGCAGAAGGAAGACUCUCAUACAGACAUAGAAGAAUCAAAAAGCAAUUCUUUUGGUCCAAGCUAUAAUAUUGAAGAAAGCUCAGAAUCAGAUGACUCUGAUGAAGAAGCAGCUUCAAUUUUAGAGCAGUCUACCGUAAGUAGAGCCACUAUGAAAAGACUCAAUCUUGUGAGAAGGCCAACUAUUGAGGAAAGUUCACUCCAAAGCCCAAAGAAAUUGCAUACAAUGACCGACAUGUACAAUAACAACUUGAAGCAAGAGCUUAUUGUAGAGAACAAGAAAAGAGAUGAAGAAAUCAAGAAGCAGUAUGAGGACUUUGUUUCCCUAAAAACCAAUGAACUCUCGAUUGAUAUCAAAAGCGCAUCGAAGAAAUUUACAGAUUACCAAGAAACCACAGAAAAGCUUGUGAAACAAAACACUGAAGAUCUUCUUGUUCACCUCAAAGAAGAAACAAAAAGAAGGAUUAGAGAUAGAAAUGAUUUUGAAAUAAAAUUUGAAAAGAUUUCAAAACAAAUCUCAGAAAUUAACCAGAAUUCAUUAGGGACUAAAGAUAAUAUUACAUCUGUGGCUGACCUCUUAAAGAAUUUGAUAAAUUUGCUACAAAUUAAUGAUAUGCUUGGCUUGAAAGUGGAAGAUCUAGAUAAUCAAAAGAACUGCAAACAGUUCAACUCAGUAGUGUUGUCUCCUUUUAAAAGGAUAUGAAUUGGCCAUGAAGGAGAUAAGUUAACCAUUAAUGGCCAACAAACCGACCAUAAGGCUCUCAAGAGCAGAAAGGGACAAAUAUUAGAUGACAUCGAUAUCCUCUUCAAUAGAAAACUAAAAUCUCUCUGCUCAGAAGACCCUCACACAAACCUAAACUCUCUCAAAAUCCAGGCCAAGACGAACAAAUCAUUCUGCUCAGAUACAAAAUUCAUUGCCGUCCCUGGAACCCUCGGAAUCCCAACUCUAGACAAGACCCCUAACAUCCUACGCAUAAAAAAUCGGAAAAACCUAGCUUCAGCUACUAUAGGAAUGAACACUAUGAAGAUGAGACGAACAGAUUUGCAGAAUUCCAGUCUUGAUUGUAUAGAGCCGAAGAUUUUGUAUUCAAAAUGGAAUCCGCAGAAGUCAAGUUAUGCGAAUUUUAGUCAAGGAUCGGGUAUACAUAAUAGAUCUGCUUCUAGUGAAGGAACUUUCAGAACUCUCAGUGAAGCUAAGAAGAGAGCUUAUUAGAUAUUCAAAUUUUAAAUUGAGUUUGUUUUUCUAAUAUUCAAAACUAUUCAUACAUAAUUUUAAAAUUUGCUUACACCAAAUACAUUUCUACUUCAAAUUUAUUUAGAAGAAGUUUACAAUUGAAUUAAAAUUAUAGAGACUAAAAUCCUAAACAUACGAAACAGGAAAAUGGAAUCUAAGGGUAAUCGAUUUAUUUAUUCUUCCUCCAUAAGCAUCGUUACAAAAGUAAAAUGACGACCUCAAACUAAAUAAAAUUCCUUUGAUUGCUCUUAGAUUCCACUGUGAUCAUUACUCUAUUUUAUAAACUCCAUUUAUUUCCACAAAAUCAACUUACAAUAAU